ACUGUAUUGUAUUACAAGGGCGGUUUCCUUAAGAGGCUCCCUGCUGGCCUCUCUCUGAUCACUGUCCUCAGCGGCGGAGGUAAGAAGACGAUAGAGACCACGAACAAGCGCCAAGAAACAAUUGUAUUAGAGAAUGGCUAUGCAACCAAAGGAAUCGGAAUCUGUGCCUCCUCCUCCAGGUUAUCAAGACUCAUAUUAUCCAGCUCCACAAGUCCCACAUGGAUUUCCUGGAUCUGCUAUUCCAGGUCAGCCAGGAGGUUAUCUCGCAGUUCAAGCUCAACCUAAUGCACCUCCUCCUAUAAUUUGGAUGCCAGCACCUCCAGCAGUUCCCAAAUGUCCUCCUGGACUGGAAUACUUAAGCCAGAUAGAUCAGAUAUCAAUUGAACAACAGAUUGAGCUCAUGGAAAUGAUAAGUGGCUAUGAAACAGCCAACAGAUAUGAAAUUAAGAAUACCCAGGGCCAGUGGGUCUAUUUUGCAGCUGAGGAAAAUGACGACUUCACUCUCAACUGCUAUGGGUCAUUGCGGCCAUUCACCAUCAAGCUCUUUGACAGUACACAACAAGCUGUCAUGCAACUGACAAGAUCUUUCCAAUGUUCCAUUUGCUGCUGUCCUUGUGUUUGCUGCUUGCAAGAGCUUGAAGUUCAGGCCCCACCAGGCACAAUCAUUGGUUAUGUUAAACAGAAGUGGCACCCCUGCCUACCUAAGUUUGCUAUCCAAAAUGAAGCUAGAGAGGAUGUGCUUCAAAUGGCUGGUCCAUGUGUGCCUUGCCGCUGUUUUCAAGAUAUUCAUUUUGAGGUGAAGUCACUCGAUGGGAAAUCUGGAGUGGGAGGAAUUUCUAGACAGUGGACUGGUCUGGCCAGAGAGACUGCUACAGAUGCUAGCAUCUUUGGAAUCCAGUUUCCAUUGGAUCUGGAUAUUAAAAUCAAAGCAAUUGUGAUGGGGGCUGCCUUCCUCAUGCAGGCCACCAUACCAACACACAGUGACACAACUAAGAUGACAACCAACUGGAAACCAAAAAACCACCACAGAAACAGACCUGCCGCUGUGCCCGCACAACUGCAAAGCCAAGGGGACCAUACCAAACCACAGCACAGACUACACAACAACAGCCACAAAGCAACAAGACCAAACAAGAUAGCACAAGGCAGUAAAACCAACCCGGCCCGCAAACUGCAAAGAAAGAGGGGAUUACAUGUUUUUUGAACGCAGUGCUAACAGGGGAAGCAAUAAUAGAAACAGGCGAAGAAGAGCUGGUCUACACGGAGCUCACGGGAUACAUGGACAUCGCAGGCGUUAACUCACCCACUUCUGCACGAUGUAUUGUCUACUUUCUGACAGAAUGUCACUCUGUGGCUUGCUUACCAACAUUAGUUACAAAUCCAGCUUGUCUGAGGAAUUUUAAUUUUUAGAGACUUGCUUAUUUCUGUAAAGUAAAAUGGGCUGUAGUCUUCACAUCACUUAUGCGAGGGUAUUCUGUAUAAAUAACAUAAAAAUCACAAAACUUACAAUUUUAAAUAACUAGCAUUUAGAGCACUUACUGACUUCCAUUAGUACAUCUCUCUAUUGUUGCCAAAGAAGACCGAUAGCUUUCAGGGAGGUGGGCAGACAUUGCUCCUGCUGCUGAUGAAGUAGCCAAAGAUUUCCAAGUUUCUAUCAAGAAUAAUCGGGGCUAUCAAACAAGGCUUUGCCACAACUAUUCUCCAGGCAUUCCGCAAGGGCAGAAUCCUUCACCCUCCCCUAUAUUGUUGUGCAACAGUGACCAAAGUGCCCUGAAUGAUAAGAGCCAUAAGAUGGCCUCACACACAUUUUAGUGGCAAGUAAGUGGGCCAGAACUGUAGGUUCCUGGAGAGCGUGAGCUCCCGUCAUGAGCCACAAGCUGCAAUCAUUUUCAUGAUAUCAGAUUGCUAGUGUUUGCUUCCCUCUGCCAUUUGACAUCUGCCCAGCUUCAGAUCUCUGUUACAAACGUUUGGUGGCAGAGGGAAGCCAAUACCAUAUUUCUCCAAAUCAAAGGCACCCCAGAAUUUAAGAUAAUCACCUUAAAAAAUAUGAGUUAAAUAGAGGGUAUAUGAUUUACAAAACAAGCCCUCAAUUUCUAACAUUGGAAAACUUGAAACAAACAAACAAACAAAACUAGAGGCUAUUCACACGAGUGUGCAAAAACUGCCUAAGAUUGCCCAGCCCAGUUUUGCACAUACAUGUGAACCACGAGGAUCGUGCCCAAUCCCAGAGGCUACACAGUGGCAAACCUGCCUAUGAAGCCUGCUGCUUAAAUGACGUUAAGUGAGAGUUCUCAUUUUUCUGAUCGUGUGUCUGUUGCAGCUGCUUGCAGCCAUGGUGGGCACACUUGGAGGGGGAUCCCGUUAUUGGGGCUCCAGCGGGGGGCAGGGCACUACAAGGCAUCGCUUCUCUGCACCCAACCCCCAGAGCUGCUGGGUGAGCUGCCUCUAAUCUGGGAUGGUUGAGUGAUUGUCUGUGGGGAGGGUUGGGCAAACCCGCUCUCCCCUCAGACCUCCAAGGAGCUCUUCUCCAUGAUUGUGAGAAGAGCUCCCUAGUCUUGGAUUCAAGCAAAUACAGUGAGGUAAUUCACAUGAUCAAAAACUGUGUUCUAUCCAGGUUUGGGAGCUGUGAGUACUCCCAAUUUUCAGUUGUGUGGAAGCAAGGCAGGAGGAAAACUUCCUCUUACCUUGCUUCCACACAAUCACUUCUAACCAGAUUUUCCUCUUAUUUUGCUUCCACACAACUGAAAACCAGGAGCACACAUAGCUUGCAAACCUGGGUAAAACAUAGAGGUUAUUCACACCUUCGAAAACUGUGUUCUACCUGGGUUUGGGAACUGUGUGUACUCCCAAUUUUUGAUUGUGUGGAAGCAAGCUUAGAGGAAAACCUGGGUAGCUUUUUCUCCUACCUUGCUUCCACACAAUCACUUCUACCCAGGUUUUCCUCUAACCUUGCUUCCACACAAUCAAAAAUUGGGAGUACACACAGUUCCCAAACCCAGGUAGAACACAGUUUUUGAUUGUGUGAAUGACCUCAUAGUUUUUGAUUGUGUGAAUGACCUCAGUAUUAGCAACCCAAUACUGGCUUCAGACAUCACCAAAUGGCUGCAACUUGUGGCUCAUGCCAGGAGCACGUGCUCCUCAGGAACCUCUGGUUCUUGCUUGCUUACUUGCCAUUGCUACCUGUGAAGCCUCCCAAUAUCUCUGACUCCUUGUCACUUAGGUGAUUCUCAUGAUCGGCUAAAAUAAGCCCAGGUUAGCGGAGCAAGCGCACCACUAAACUAGGCUUUCUGAUCGUGAAUUGCUGUGCCGUGGCUACAUGCUGCGGCAACUCACUAGUAGAUCCCUGACCGGGAGUCUGAAAAGCAGCCUCCCGGCUCGGGGGUCUCUCCAGGAUGCCCUGUGCACUCAUGCAGGGCAUGCUGGAGCUUCUGGGGGCCGUGCGGCCCCCGGUCCUCCCAGCCCCUGCCAGCUCUUUAAUAGAGCCAGCAGUUGUGUGGGUGGCCGCUUCGGCCGCCCAGAGCAGACUGUCUGCUUGUGUGUGGGGAGAGCAGGCUAAGCCCUCUCUCCCCACUUACCCUCCCCAGGCGGCUCCCUCUUAUUGUGGGAACCGCCUCACUGUACUUCGUAUGUUAUGGCCUAUGGUCUCAAUAUUUACAUUUUUUCUGGGUAUGAGUGAGUGAGAGAAUAUAAUAGACUGACUUAGAUAUACUACAUUAAUACUGCAUUAUACACUACAUUAUAAUGUAGUGGGAGAGCGAAAAAGUGGGUAUGGAGUGGGGGCAGCAAUAUCACAGGUAGCGGGCAGAGGGAGGUAUGGCGGUGGGAGUUGGGCAGGCCGUUACAGGGGGAAACGGUCCAGGCAAUUGAGGCCUGUUCUUUUUUCCGGACCUUCUCCCAACCCUCUGAUCCCAGGGAGCUGUGAGAACACUCCCUUGAGGAUUAGGGUGCUGCUGCUGAAUGCCAGGUCAGUUAAUGCAAAAACACCUCUCAUCCACGAUUUGAUUGUGGAUGAGCGUGCUGACCUGGUAUGUGUGACGGAGACCUGGUUGGAUGAGCUGGGCGGGGUUGGUCUCUCUCAGCUCUGUCCUCCAGGUUUCCAGAUCAUGCAGCAGCCCCGCCCCGAGGAUCGGGGAGGAGGCGUUGCAGUCAUCUUUAGAGAGACCCUCCCCGUUUCCAGGUGCCCGGUCAGGCAAUCUCAGAAUUUCGAGUGUUUGUCCUUGAGGGUGGGCCUCCAAGAUAGGCUGGGGAUUCUGCUGGUGUACCGACCACCCCGCUGCACUUCAGUCUCCCUACCUGAGCUGGCGGGGGUGGUCUUGGAGGUGGCCUUGGGUUCCCCCAGGCUUAUUGUUUUGGGGGAUUUCAAUGUCCACGCUGAGGCCCCCCUAGUGGGUGUGGCUCAGGAUUUCAUGGCCUCCAUGGCAACCAUGGGCCUGUCUCAAUUGGUAUUGGGCCCUACCCACGUGGUGGGACACACUCUGGAUCUGGUUUUUGCCGACUGGGAAAUAAAUGAUCUGGAGGUGGGGGAAUUUGAGACCACUCCCUUGUAAUGGACAGAUCAUCAUCUGGUGGGGUUUAGAUUGACUGCUCCGUCUGCUCUCUGCAGGGGUGGUGGGCCGAUUAGGAUGGUCCGCCCCCAGAGGCUUAUGGAUCCGCUUGGAUUCCAGAUGGCUCUCGGGGAGUUUCCAGUGUCCAGAGCUGGUGACCCUGUCAAGGCCCUGGUUGAUCUCUGGAAUGGAGAGAUGGCCCAGGCUGUUGACACGGUUGCCCCUAAACACCCUCUCCAGCUUGGUGGAGCCCGAUCUGCUCCUUGGUUUUCCUCGGAGCUUAGGGUGAUGAAGCAACUCAGGCAAUGGCUGGAACGAUGCUGGAGGAAGAGUCGUCACGAAUCCAACCGAACACGGGCUAGAGCCCAUUUUAGGGACUACUCCGUGGCGGUGGGGUCGGAGAAUAAAUGCUUUUUCUCUGCCUCCAUUGCAUCUGCUCACUGCAGACAAACAGAGCUGUUUCAUGUGGCAAAAACCUUGCUCCACCCCCCCAGACAAUGGGGGAGGAGUCAUCUACAGCUCUUUGUGAUCAGUUUGCCUGUCACUUUGCAGGACCACCUGCUCCCAAGGGUUGCUGCCCGUUUGACGAGGACAUCUGAGGGGGCCCUGCUCCGGGUGCCGACAAUGAGAGAGGCCCAGCUGUCGUACACUCAGGAUAGGGCCUUCUCUGUUGCUGCUCCCAGACUUUGGAAUGCUCUCCCUGUGGCCAUUCGCUCCUCGGACUCCCAUCAUGGCUUUUAGAAAGAUUGUUAAAACUUGGAUUUUAACCCAGGCUUUUACAUAAUCGUUUUUACUGCUGCUUCUUUGUGUUUUUAUCUGUUGUAUUGUUUUUAUGCCUGUAUUUUAUAUGUUUUUAUUUUUUUUUUAGCUUGAUGUUUUAUUGCCUUUUUAUUGUAUGUUUUAACUUUUGUAAACUGCCUUGGGGUUGUCUUUUAAUGAAAGGUGGUAUAUAAAUGCAACAAUAAAUAAAAUAAAUAAUACUAUACUACA